AUGCAGCAGGAUCCUCCGAAGAAGAAGUCAGAAAAGAAGGCGGAAAAGCGGCUCUUUGACGCUGUGUCCUUCGGGAAGGACCUGCUGGCCGGCGGGAUCGCGGCGGCUGUGUCGAAGACCGCGGUGGCGCCCAUUGAGCGUGUGAAGUUGCUGCUGCAAGUGCAGGCGUCGUCCAAGCAGAUCAGCCCCGAGGCGCAGUACAGAGGCAUGGUGGACUGCCUGGUGCGGAUUCCCCGCGAGCAGGGUUUCUUCAGUUACUGGCGUGGCAAUUUGGCAAAUGUUAUUCGGUAUUUUCCAACCCAGGCUCUAAAUUUUGCCUUUAAGGACAAAUACAAACAACUUUUCAUGUCUGGAGUUAAUAAAGAAAAACAGUUCUGGAGGUGGUUUUUGGCAAACCUGGUUUCUGGCGGAGCGGCUGGAGCAACAUCCUUAUGUGUAGUAUAUCCGCUAGAUUUUGCCCGAACCCGAUUAGGUGCUGAUAUUGGAAAAGGUCCCGAAGAGCGACAAUUCAAGGGAUUAGGUGACUGUAUUAUGAAAAUAGCAAAAUCAGAUGGAAUUGUUGGGUUAUACCAAGGGUUUGGUGUUUCAGUACAGGGCAUCAUUGUGUACCGAGCCUCUUAUUUUGGAGCUUAUGACACAGUUAAGGGCUUAUUACCCAAACCAAAGGAAACCCCAUUUCUUGUCUCCUUUUUCAUUGCUCAAGUUGUGACUACAUGCUCUGGAAUACUUUCUUAUCCUUUUGACACAGUUAGAAGGCGUAUGAUGAUGCAGAGUGGUGAGGCUGAACGGCAAUAUAAAGGAACUUUAGACUGCUUUGUGAAGAUAUACCAGCAUGAAGGAAUCAAUGCAUUUUUUCGUGGUGCCUUCUCCAACAUCCUUCGUGGUACAGGGGGUGCUUUAGUGUUGGUGUUAUAUGAUAAAAUUCAAGAAUUUUUUAAUAUUGGUAUUGGAGGUAGUUCAUCAGGAGAUUAA